AUGGACGCCGUAUUUGAUUUAAAUAAAUUCAAUGAAAGCAUGGGAAACAUGUUUAGAAAAUCAGCAGCUAAAACGUUUAAGUUCUUGGAGCAGGGAAAUGAUGGACUUAAGGAGACACCACAAUCUUCACGUCGCCCAGCUGCUAAACCUCGAAUUGUUCAACAAACAGCUACUGCAGACCAGAAAGGAAGAAAGAAAUCAAUCUCAACGCCUGGAACAACUGAUCAAUUGGUUCAACAAAUGGAUCACUCUGAAGCAUCAGGUUAUGAGCUACCAAAUGGGGUCAUAGAAAAGCCUGAAACAUCCGGGACAAACAAGAGGAAAAGAACUCCCAGCAGGAAGUUAAUCAACUUUGAUACAUCAGUCGAUGAGCUACCAAAUGGGAUCAUAGAAAAGCCUGAAACAUCCGGGACAAUCAAGAGGAAUAGAACUCCCAGCAGGAAGUUAAUCAACUUUGAUACAUCAGUCGAUGAGCCACCAAAUGGGAUCAUAGAAAAGCCUGAAACAUCCGGGACAAUCAAGAGGAAAAGAACUUCCAGUAAGAAGCUAAUCGAUUUUGAUACAUCAGUCGAUGAGCUACCAAAUGGGAUCAUAGAAAAGCCUGAAACAUCCGGGACAAACAAGAGGAAAAGAACUUCCAGUAAGAAGCUAAUCGAUUUUGAUACAUCAGUCGAUGAGCUACCAAAUGGGAUCAUAGAAAAGCCUGAAACAUCCGGGACAAUCAAGAGGAAAAGAACUUGCAGCAGGAAGUCAACAAAUUCUGAAACAUCAGCCGAUGAACUGCCAAAUGGGAUCAUACUAAAGCCUGAAACAUCCGGGACAAACAAGAGGAAAAGAACUUUUAGCAAGAAGUCAACCGACUCUGAAACAUCAGCCGAUGAACUGCCAAAUGAGAUCAUAGAAGGCCCUGCAACAUCCGGGACAGUCAAGAGGAAAAGAACUUGCAGCAAGAAGUCAACCAACUCUGAAACAUCAGCCGAUGAACUGCCAAAUGAGAUCAUAGAAGGUCCUAAAACCUCCAACAUCAUCAUUAAAACCGAAUUCCAAAUUUACGAAGAAGCCAAGAAGAUGGCAAUUGAGAAAGACAAGAUCAAGAAAAAUGAAGAAAACAAUGGAGAUCGACGAGUAAGCAGACGUAAUCAAGAACGAAAUGAGUUGAAGGAAAGGAAAUGUGGUUCAAAAACAGAAAUGGUUGAGAUUGUAUGUAAAACUUACGAAGAAAUGGAAAGUAAGGAAGAAUUUAUGUUUUAUCUAGGAUUGAAACAGAAUUAA